AUGGUAAGCAAGGCCAGACCGACGAGCAGUGCAUCAUCAUCCGCUGCAGCCACCCCUGCCCCCGCUACACCAGCUUCCAAAUCAUCAACUUCCGCGCCAUUAGCUCCAGUUCGUGCAGUUUCUAGCGCCUCUGCAGAUGUGAAUGUAACAGCCACACCCACUCCUCCUACGUCAGCUGCUAGUGCCGACAGCUCCCGCUUCAAUGACCCUUCGGCCUUUGCUACCGGAUCCGCUCGUGAGACUGCUAUCCAAAACAUGACGGAAAUGGGAUAUCCUCGUGAACAGGUUGAAGCUGCUUUGAGAGCGGCUUAUAAUAACCCUGAUAGAGCUGUUGAGUAUCUCCUAACGGGCAUUCCUGAAACUCUGCAACAGCAACAAAGUCAGCAAGAGCAACAACAGCAACAUCAUGCUGUUGAAACAGAGUCAGAACCUGAUUCUGCUGCUAACACCGAAGAAGUUAACUUAUUUGAAGCAGCUGCUAAUGCUGCUGCUUCGAGAGGUGGUGCUGCCCAUGAUGAUGUUCACUCUAGCCCUGUUUCCAACUCAGCAGCUUCCGGGAAUGAACCUGUAGACUUGAGCUUUUUACGUGACAAUCCUCAAUUUCAAGAGAUUAGAGACCUUAUCCGUCAACAGCCUCAAAUGAUUGAGCCUAUUCUACAGCAGGUUGUCGCCAGCAACCCACAACUCGCUCAGCUCAUCUCCCAAAAUCCUGAAGGCUUUUUACGGAUUCUGCGAGGCGAUGGCCUUGAUGGAGAUGAUGACGAUUUAUAUGAUGAUGAAGGGGAGGGUGCUGGAUCUGUUCGUAUUGAACUUACUCAGGAAGAGAAUGCUGCUAUUGAAAGGCUGACCGAGCUUGGCUUUGAUAGGUCACUUGCUAUUGAGGCAUACCUUGCUUGCGAUAAGAAUGAGGAAAUUGCAGCUAACUACCUCUUUGAACAUGGUAAUGAUGGUUUAGAGUAA